ACGAAGCCAACAGCCACGGGAGCCCGCCGCCCUGCUCUCGACCGUGGAUAUCGUGAGCGAGGCGUUGCCUCGGGCCAACAGUCGCGGCUCCUGGCCGAUUGGACGGGGUCGGAACCGCUCGCGAGGGGGGAUGCUGCAGGGGCCGUGGUCCCCCGCUAAGGUUCCAGCUUCGUGCGCAGAUUGCCCCCGCGGUUUGCUUUUCCAUUUGGAGGUGCUUCUUACUCAAAGCCUAGUCAUCGCUGAUUUGGAAGAAUUGAAGUAGACAUCUGCAUUUUUGUCCCAACGAAACUUGGAAACAAAAUGGCAGAAGACAAAGAGUGCCACAGCGUGGUUGAUGACAGUGCUGAAGAGGUUCCCAGCAAAAGGAUAAUUAAGUUUAAUCCUCCGUUAUACAAACAACGUUACCAGUUUGUUAAAAAUUUAGUGGAGCAACAUCAGCCUCAAAAGGUUGCAGACCUAGGGUGUGGUGAUGUUUCGCUCCUAUCGAUAUUAAAAUACCUAAAGUGUGUCAAAGAGCUUGUCGGAGUAGACAUCAAUGAAGGCAGACUUAAAUGGAAUGGGUCUCGGCUGUCCCCAUGUGUGGGGGACCAUCUGGAUCCCCGCGAGCUGGAUUUAGUCAUUACCUUGUAUCAUGGCUCUGUUUUGGAGAAAGACUGUCGUUUGCUCGGAUUUGACUUGGUAACAUGUAUUGAACUAAUAGAACAUUUUGAUUCAGAAGAUCUGGCCAGGUUUCCCGAAGUUGUUUUUGGGUACAUGUCUCCAGCCAUGAUUGUCAUCAGCACACCGAACUCUGAUUUCAAUUCCCUGUUUCCGCUCUCAGUCUUCAGAGAUUCAGAUCACAAAUUUGAGUGGAGUAGAGUGCAGUUUCAGACCUGGGCUUUAGAUGUGGCAAAUCGCUAUAGCUACUCAGUGGAGUUCACCGGUGUAGGGGAACCGCCGGCAGAAGCUGAGGAUGUUGGAUAUUGUACCCAGAUAGGGGUCUUCCGGAAGAAAGCAAAGACAACUGAAUCUGAUGUUUUGGAGCACCCUGGCGAACGUGUUUAUGAAGUUGUUUAUACGACCUCAUACCCAAGUUUACAGCAAAUAAAUUACCGUAGACGUGUUGUGGUUUAUCUGGUAUACCGAGAAGUGAACAAAAUGAGACUGAGAUACCAAGUGAGUCUGAGGCAGCACGAACUGGAACCUGAGUCCACAGACCCUGGCAACCCCAGAAGAAAAUUCAUCUCAGGCCUUCCAGUUCAUACACCCACAGAAGCUGACAAAGCCAUGGCGAUGACUCCCCAACCUUUCUGUAUUGGAGAUAAGUUUUACGUACCCUUGAAAAGAAUCAUUGCUUAUCCCAGGCUGGGGUACUUAUGUGGUAAUGUGCAGGAGCUGAGAGAGCUCCUUGCGGACUCAAUAGAACUGAACUGUGACGCGUCUGCGGUGAAGGUUGACUUGUAUCACUGUAGUGACUACUGCUGACCAGCCUUAGUUCCUGAAAUUCAGGGUCUUAGCAAUAGUUGGGCUCAUUUAAAAUGUAAACUUUUGAUAAUUCAGGUAGCUUCAUUUUAA